AUGGGUCGAACACCAGCAAAACCUAUUCCCCAGAAGCGGGACAAUCCCCUCAGAGGCAGGAGAGAACCCAUUAGAGCUCCGACCAUCUUCACUCAGAGGGCUGAAAAGGCUGCCGCGGCCAUUUUGAACGCGAAGAAAUCCCAAACGGCAAAACCAAACAGCUGCGGUGAUCAAACUUGCACCAACUCGGUUAUUGUAGACGGCGUUUGCAUAGGCUGUGGUAAAGUGGUUGAGGAUAACAAUAUCGUUGCCGAAGUCCAGUUUGGCGAGUCUGGUAGUGGCGCUGCUGUUGUCCAGGGUAGUUAUAUAGGCGCUGAUCAGGGCGGUGCGCGCUCUUCUGGACCUGGCUUUCCAAGAGCUGGCGGUGGUAGUGGAGAAGAAGGGAGAGAGUCUACGGUUAGAGAAGGAAAGCGCAUUAUGCAAUCAAUGGCAAUGCAGUUCGAGAUUAAAUCCGCUACCGUUGACAUUGGUUGUCAGAUCUUCAAACUUGCGGCUAUGAAUAACUUCGUCCAAGGUCGUCGUAUGGAUGUCGUCUGCGGUGUCUGUUUAUACAGCGCCUGUCGCCAAGAAAAGCGAUGCAAUGUAAUGCUUAUUGACUUUGCCGACCGGCUUCAGGUCAAUGUCUUCAAGCUUGGUCGCACUUUCAAAGCACUACAUGCCGCCGUUUCCAUUGCCAAGAACGGCAUAAAUCCCGUUCUUCCAGAGGAUUUGAUCUGGCGAUUCGCAUCGAAACUUGAAUUUGGCAGGGACUGCAAUAAAGUCGCCGAAGAUGCAAUCAGAAUGGCCCAACGUAUGAGUCUGGAUUGGAUGGUUAUGGGAAGAAGACCAUCGGGAGUCUGCGGAGCUUGUCUCAUCUUGGCAGCCCGUAUGAACAAUUAUCGUCGGUCUAUUACAGAGGUCGUCUACAUUGUCAAAGUCACAACACACACAAUUCAGAAGCGUCUAGAUGAGUUCAAGAUGACUCCUAGCAGUGCUCUCACCGUCGAUGAGUUCCUCAACAACGAGUUCUUGGAAUCCUCCCACGAUCCGCCGUCCUUCUAUGAACAGACCGACGACUUCCAGAAAAACAAGAAGAGAAGAAAGCGCAAACGCUACGGCCACGACGGCCUUGAAGGUGUAGGAGAGGAUGAUGAUGAAGCAGAAAGCGUUGAUGAUGAAAACCAGGGGCACAAGCGCCAGAGAACCGGAGCGACUUCGAACCCAGAGCAUGCACUUCCAACUAUCGAACUUCGAAGAGAUGCGGAUGGUUUCGCAAUUCCACCACCACCAACCCAGUCCUCUUCUCAAUCCGAAGGAACACGCCAAGUUGACCAAUCCUCUGAUAUCCCUAUCGAUCCAGAUUUGGUUGAUGAAAUCAUUGCCGAUCAUACAGAAACAUCUUUCCAGAGACUUGUUGAGAACUUUGGCGAUGCCGGUACCAAUGAUGAGACUCCUGCUGGCUCUGUGUCCGGCUCUAUCUCUAAGCUUCAAGGAGUGCAGGGAAAUCGAUUUGUAUACGUCCCGGACGAAUGGGCCACUGAUGAGAAUGAAUUGGCGCAGCAAAUGUCCGAGAUUAUCUCAGACCCCUCAACAGUUGAACACGCCACCGAGUACGCCGCAGCGGAAAAGCGCGUGGCCAAGCACAUGGCAUUGGCUAUGAUAUCGCAAAAGAUCAUCCCUAGUGCGCCAACAAUUGGAGAAGACGAGUUUGCCGACGACCCCGAGGUUCAGAACUUCAUCCUUUCCCCAGAAGAGGCCGCAAAGAAGGAGAAGGCGUGGAUUAAUCUGAACAAAGAUUGGCUUCGAGCACAGCAGAUCAAGGAGUACCAGAAAAAACAAGAAGCCAAAGGUCCCCCAAAGGCGAGGCGCAUUCGAAAGAAGAAGCCCCGUAUCGGAGAGGGUCAGACGAGUGUUGCUUCUUCGCCUGGAGAAGCUGUCGAGGGUGUGAUGAAGGCGCGGGGCUUCUCCCGCAAAUUCAACUACAGUGCUUUUACAGACAUGUUUGCGGAUGAUGGUCUUGGAAGCGCAGCCACCAGCCGGGUCGCAAGCCGUGCUGGAAGUGAGCUGGGCGGAUCGACUCCUGCGUCAAAUGCGGUUACUCCAGCAGCAUCGGUCGCAGGAAGUGCGCCAGCUACUCCAGCUGCCGAUGCGGACAGCGAGAUGGGUGAUCCUGACGAUUAUAUCGACAAUCCGGAUGACUACGUCGAUCCCGAUGCAGAGGGGAGUGUUCAGGCGGAAAGUGUAGCUGAGGAUACAGAGGAUUGGAAGAAGCAGCUCGACAACGGGGAUGCCAAUCAAGAUGGAGAUGAAAUACCAGAGGAUGAUACCGAGUAUCCAGAUCUUGGAUUUGGAGAUGAAAGUCAUCCGUUUGACGAGGAAGAUGGUGCUUUUGAUGGUCCUGAGGAUUUCGAUAACUAG